AUGAGGGGUCAAACUCCGCCCAGAGGCCUCGCGUUCAAGAAAGCGGCGGCGAUAACGGUUUCGGAGGUGGUGAGGUCACUGCAAUCAGCAUAUCCAAAUGAGCCGAAACGUGCACGCGAGUGCUCUUUUGGCUGGCUGUUCAACCCAACUGACUUUGGACGGAGAGCGGAGGACAGCAGAACUCAGGCACCUUGCCUAAUCCAGCAGCGCCUCCGCGAGGCGAUCGAUUCUCGAAUUGCAGAGGAACAGGCUCGUCAAAAGUCUGCCCAGGAUUCUUUAUCCCGCUCCAACUCCGCCCGUCAUCCGAGCAGUCGCAAUCUGUCCCCUAGCAGACGAACUAGCCGUCCGAGACGAAACACCGGGACCCCCGUCCGUAGCCCUGAUCCGAACGAGUUUGAGCCCGAGUUCGCCAUUGGAGAUGAUGAAGGAUCCAGCAGAUCUGCUACUCCACAACAAGAAUCCGCAAAUAGUCCCCAUAGCACGCCGGAGGAAAGUGCCGGGAUAGACAAGUCCUCCGUGGAGGAAUCACCCAAUGGAAAGGAUGCGGCAGCUACCUCGGAGACCAAGCAGUUCCCUUCGGAACUACCCCCGGAAAUUAAGGUGAAAUUGCGGAAGUUGAGCAAGUUGGAAACGCGGUAUCAGGAACUUCUAAAGGCAUACCGAAUGGCACAUUCGCGCGUGCAAACCAUCGAACCAUUUGAGGCCGCGCUUCGGGAAAACACUCCCUUAACCUCGAUCGGCGAUCCUAAAGCUCUGACCGAAUACUUGAAUCAAAUUUCAUUGAAGGGCGACAUGGUACUAGAGGAGCUGAAACGAGUCACAACUGAGCGGGAUAACUAUAAGAAAAAGUUGGAGGAUGCACACGAAUCUGCGAAAGCCGCCUGGGAUGAGGUUACCAAUUUGAAAAAAGACGGCAAACAAGGCGAAGAGGAUUCCGCUCCGCAAACUGACGAUGGCUUGGCUGUUGACACCUCCGCCACAGUUACACCCUCUCCUGAUUCUGCCGUGCAGUCGCCGACACCCACCUCUGCUUCUCACGCGAAGGGUAUCGCUCAACUUUUCUCUCCGAAGCAAGAUUCGGCUAAAUCAUCCGAACCACGACAAGAAAGCGAGGAGUUCUUUUCGUUCGACACUGAGCUCCCACGAUUGGAGUCUGAAUUGAAAGAGAAGCAGGAGGAGAUCGAAAGGCUGAAGGCUCAAACUGAGACACUCAAGCGCGACCUCUCGGUGGCACGCGAGUCGACAGAAGGAAUGGUUAAUAAUCUCGAAACCGCAACUCGGGAGCUUGGUGAAUUGCGCGAUAGCAAGGAUAGACAAGACUCCGAAAUAGAGACGCUGAAGUCUUCCAAACAAGAAGAGAUUUAUGGGCUUAACGCUAAGCUCGCAACGUUGGAACAGGCCUUGGGGAACGCAGACACUGAAGCCAAGAAACUGAAGGAUGAGUUGAAGCAGAAAACUGAUGAAAUAAACCAGCUUCAAGCCCAGUCUACGCAAUCUGAAAAAGCCGAUGAACAGCCGGAACUUCUGUCACAACUCGAAGAAGUAAAACAGAAGAAAGAGGCUAAUGAAAAGAAGCUAGGAGUAUUGCAGGGCUUAGUAGACAGUCUUCGGUCCCAGCUCAAGACCACUGAAGAAUCAAUGUCAACUGUAAAGGCCGAUAUGGAUCAGAAAACCAAGGACCUUAAUAAGCUACAGAGUGUCGUUGAUUUCUUAGAUGAUAAUUUGAAAGACAACGACAAAUGGAAGCAAGCGAAGGAACAGGCCCUGAGUGGGCAAGAACCUAAUUUUGGCGAGCUUCGAGAGAGUUUUGCGCCUUCACCAAAAGGCGUCACAGUGAAUAAUCAGACCUCUCGGCCACAUAAUCAGUCAAAUGGCACUGCAGGAGGUGCUAUCGCUGGCAAAAAGAAGAAGAACAAGAAGAAGAAAGGUGGCAAAGGUGGCGACGAUGCAGGCAAGGCAGAACCUGUUGCAGGAAUCGAGGAUAUGCAAACACCAUCGGCAGAUCUUGAUCAGAAUACUGCGAAGUUGGAUGAACUCCAAUGUAAAAUUGAGUCAUUAAUGAGCCAGUUAGAAGAGAAAGAAGCAGCUAUUGGCCGCCUUAGCUCAAAACUAAAAGGCGAAGAGGAUUUGAAGGAAGAAAUAGAGUCUCUUCGUGAUGACUUGCUUAAUAUUGGUCAAGAGCAUGUUGAAGCAAAGGACAAGAUCAAGGAGCUUUCUGCGGAAAAGAGCGCUUUGGAGACUACCAUCUCCAAAUUAGAGAAAGAGCUAACCGAACUGCGCACAAAUCAUGCAUCCAAGAAUGCGGACUCUGAAAUAGCGCACAAUAGCUUGAAAGAUGAGUAUGAAAACCUCAAGGCCAAAUAUACCUCGAUUGAAACGGAGCUCGCUGUUGCUCAGCAGCUGGCCACAACCCGGUUCAAAGACCUUACAGACCUGCGUGAAACUGUUCAGAAGCUGCAACCGGAGCUGAAAACACUGCGAGCUGAAUCUUCAGAACUCAAAUCUACCAAAGAAGCCUUGGCGAGUAAAACAGCAGAAUUGAGAACCCUGGAGAGUAAGCAAGAGGAUUUGCGAGCAGAGCUAAAAGUGCUCAAGUCUACCAUAUCGGAGAGAGACACUGAGGUGAAGACGCUUAACCAGAAGAUUAGGCAGGAAAUGGACAAUCGCUUGAAGGCUGAGGAAAGGCUAACCCUAGCCCAAUCCGACUUGCGGUACUCGGAGAGCAAAAAGCAAGAAGCCGUGGAAGCAAAGGAGAGGGUUGCUGGCGACCUUUCUAAAGCACAGGAGGACCUGAAAGCCGCUCGAACCCGACUCCGGGAAGUUGAAAAUCAAGUAACCAACUUGAAUAAAGAACUAGAAGGUCUACGGGAAGAAAUUCAGCUCAAGACUGCUCAGCAUGCCAGCGCACAGAGUUUGAUGAAUAGCAUGCGUGAUCAAAGCGCUGAAAUUGGGAUGCAGAUGAAAGAAGCGAAGGAACGUUGUGAGAGCUUGGAGGAAGAAUUGGCAGAUGCUCACCGCUUGCUAAGCGAACGGACCAGAGAGGGAGAAACGAUGCGGCGUCUAUUGAAUGAUAUUGAAGGUCGUUCAGAAUCUAAAGUGCGUGAUUUCAAGGAACGGAUGGAGGCCGCUAUCGAAGAGCGUGACCGGGCCGAGGAUGAGGCAAGUACCCAGGGCCGACGCCGAGCAAGAGAGUUAGAGGAGCUGAAGGGUAAAGUUCGAGAAGCAGAGAGAGCUCUACGGAGCGCGGAGGAAGACAGAGAAGAACUGGAGCGUUCUCAAAAGGAGUGGAAACGCAGACGUGAUCAGCUCGAAGCCCAGUCCGAAAGCUCUGUGCAGGAACUCAAUGAUAUCAGGCACGCAAUGGCACAACUACGCGACACACUGGACGAAACCGAAAAGCAAGUUCGUGAGUUGGAAAAAGAAAGGACAGAGUUACGCCGGUCUGUAGAGGAGGCCAAUGCUCGCUUAGAGAAAAUGCGCAAGUCUAAUAGGAUUCUAUCCGACGAAGCUCGCCUGGGCCAAAAUCCUCAGUCAUCACGGUCCUCGAUCGAUUCCGGCUCAAGAAAAGCGCUUACUUCCCCAGUACCCAAGGAUCGAAGCCUAACAGCCCGAACAAGUGAAACAGGUAGUAGCGGUAACAUCGAUUACGUUUAUCUAAAGAACGUGCUCCUUCAGUUCUUGGAACAGAAGGACAAGAACUACCAGAAACAGCUCAUCCCUGUGUUGGGGAUGCUACUGCAUUUUGAUAGAACGGAUGAGCAAAAAUGGAUGUCGGCUAUAAUGUCCAAAUAG